GAGAACCUUUUUCUACCCACUCUCGACCGACCCAUCAAUUGCACGAGAUCCAAUUCCGGAAUUCGUCAUUGCUGACAUCCCGUCUGGACCCGAGAGGACUGACCUCACAAUCCGGGCGAAGAACCCUGUCACGGAGUGGUUCGAGGUUGGCAGCACUCACCGGAAUUACUUGGCUGCAAUGCACGAUGCUUGUGAGCUGAACGCGCAGCGAACAAUGUGCCUCCCUGUCCCAGAGAAGCACCCGGACUACCAGGCACUCUUUGGCCGGAUGUGGUUGAGCAUUGUCACUGAGUGGGUUCCUGACUGCUGCUAUGCCACCGUUGCAAACGGCGAUGGCACUUACAGCCAGCGCUCCUCGAGAGCUUUCGAGUGUUUUCUUGUGGGCUUGCCGUUCCUGAAGGUCUGUGGGGCCAGCAAUGCCGACGUGUUUGAGCCUGCCUUGGCAAUUCAUGCGGUCCUGCCCGUCAUUUCCAAAGUUGAUGAGACGAUCAGCUUCGAGCAGCCUGGCCACCUCGUGAUUGAUUACUGGGACUCUGACAUUCCAUGCUGUCCUGAGCUGUGGACACGACAACUGAUUGAGAAAGACAAGUUCUACUCCAUCAAGGUUGAGUGGAAGGAGAUGCAGGGCAACGCUCAGUUGCGGCUGAUGUGGGGCAUCACGGGCAAACGGAAGCAGAUAAUUCCAGGUGCGAACCUUUGGCGAGGCGCCCCACUGGAAACUGCGCCCUUUCGAAUUGUGGUGCAUCCUGGGCCGCCAAGUGUCCUGACCAGCGGCCUCCUGGAGCCUCUUCAUCACCUGCGCACUGGGGCGCUCGACACGCUCAGCAACACAGUCAAUUCAACGGAUGUCCAGUUCGAAGCGUUGUUCUAUCCGCCAAGCUACACCAAUGCAACGGAUGUCGUGCUCCUCGAGCCUGGUAAUUACACCUUGGAGUUAUCUCUGAAGGGCUUUCUUGAGCAAUCUGGAGCAAUCCUUGCCAUGAUUGAGGCAUCCAGUCCCAUCCGCUUCGUGGCUGUGCAGGUUGAGAACCGUGGCCUUUGCUCGGAGUUGUCUUUGCUGCAGUCUCCAGACACAAACUGCCGCAAGCGAAAGCACACGAAACGAGAAGACAUGUGGCACGACUGGAUCUAUUAUCCGUGCCGGGAGGACGAUGUCCUUCCACAAAUGUGCACAGUCGCUCGAACCCUGGAGUUCUGCGAGUGUGGGGCCCGGUUCCGUGGAGUUCACUGCGGGAGCCGUGUGGAGACGAACUUCACACUGCAGCUUCGAGAUGCAUUCGGCCACUACACCACAGCAACGUCGAUCACGAAGCUCGACUUCGGGAGUUACCUGAUCUCUUACACCGGUCUAAGAGCCGGCGUCAACUUGCUGACUGUCAAGGUCAAUGGUCUCCUCAUCAGGGGCCACGAGGAGCAGAUCAUCUACGAUCCGCCAGUUCAAGGUCAGAACAGUUUCCAGGAAGCUGAGGCAUCCGCCUCUGAAGGGAGGUUCGGCAGAGGGUUUCAACAUCGCGCCAUCAGGCUUCCAGCGGAGUGCACCACCGGCGUGACUUGUGGCGUUGUGUUCCACUUGCGCGACACCUAUGGCAACCGCAUGCUUGAUGAUUAUCAUAGCCAGUUGGCGUUGCGUCUGUUGCAUGAAGAUUGCGUGGUUUCGGAUAGCAGUGCUUGUGAUAUGUGUUGGCAGGGGCAUUGCUUUCAACUCUUUGGCGAGAUGCAUGCAGCUGGGCUGUAUAGCAUGUCAUGUGGCAACUUCGUGCUCAGAAUCUCUGAUCCAGCCAAGCUGACGGUGACUGGAAGGCUUCUGAUCAACGGCCAGGAUGCCUCCUACGCGCUUUGGGCAGUGCUCCUGGAAGACUUGGGUGUCUACAGCUUGGAGGGUGUGCCUCGGCACAAGACGGACAUCAACGCCACCACGUCUACCAUGGAGGGUCCAGGGCGCCUUCUUGAGGGUAAUGUAGUUGGUACGCCGGUGCCCAUUCUGGUCCAGUUGAAGGACCAAUAUGGAAACAACCGCAUCGUUACAGGCUCAGAUUUUACCCAGCGUCGCAACGGCAUUGUGGCCUCGCUUCUUGGCAAAUGA